AUGACUGAUUUUGUUUACCAAGGAGAAGACUUUGACGAAAAAGUUAGAAAACAAGUUGAAUUUUAUUUCAGUGAUAGUAAUUUACAAAGUGAUAAAUUUUUAUGGAAAAUUUAUGAAGCAAAUGAUGGAUGGGUUGAAUUGAAAACCAUUUUAACAUUUGGUAGAAUGAAACAAUAUAGACCAGAAGAAAAAGUCAUUGAAUCAUUAAAAAAAUCUGAAAAGUUAAUUUUAUCAUCAAAUAAUGAAAUGAUUAGAAGAAAAGAUCCAAUUAAAGAUUUUAAUGAAAUUAAAAAUACUAAAAAAAGAAAUACUUUACAUAUUGAAGGAUUCCCAAAAAAUUUAUCUCAAGAAGAUGUUGAAAAUUGGGUUAAUGAAAAAUUAAUUGAUUCAUUACCUAAAGAAAAAGAAAUUUGUUCCAUACGUAGAAUUAGAAGUAAAGUUAAGAAGGAAUUUUUUGGUGUUGUUGAUGUUGAAUUUAAAACUCAAGAAGAUUGUGAAUUUAUAUUAAAUAAUGUUGAAUUAUCUUAUCCAAAAGGUGUUAUUACCAAAGAAGAAGCCGAAUCUAUGGAAAAGAAGGAUUUCUUAAAAAAAAUGACUUUAUUGACUUUCCAAGAAAUGAGAGAAAGUGGUAAGAGAUUUGGUGUCAAUGAUGUUACUAAAAGAAGAAACAGUUUUAAUGAUAAAGGUGGGAACAAGAAAUUCAAAAAAGGACAUCAUAAUAAGAACAACAAGAAUGAUGAAAAGAAAGAAUCUGAUGAAAAACUUGAAAAAGUAGAUGAAAAAGAAAAUCAAUCCACUGAAGUUUCCCAAGAAACCGAAGCUACAAAGGAAGCCGAACCAGCUAAGGAAGCCGAACCAGUCAAGGAAGCUGAACCAACUAAGGAAGCUGAACCAGCUAAGGAAGAAUAA